GAUGUCAUCGGAACUUAUCGCACAGUCGAUAGCUUAGUUAAUCUUGUUAUCCGAUAGAAGAUAUGGAUCUGCGCCGGAAGCUUCUAAUAGCGGAAGCUGCAGCGGAUCAGGACGAAGCGAGAUACCAGGCUCACUUGCAACUCGUCGGAGAGCUGCACCACCAGCUGGGCAUUCCAGUGGGCGUGGCGGGGGAGCGUCUGCAGCAAUUAAUCGCAGAGGUGCGAGCGAGAGGGCACCACGACCUGUUGAAUCUUUGGCAGCUGUGGUUUAACGAGCUUAUCCAGAACAGACAGAUUAUCCUGGUAAGAUCCCAUCUGCUUGUGGAUGAGCUAAUGGCCGUAGGACAGCAGGAACUGUCUGCCGAAUCCCUUGAUCUGCUACUGACCCUGCUGAAACUGACGCCCAAGGAGAAAUUGGCUGGAUUUUGGCCUAGGCUAAGCGCAUUAGCCCUGUCCAAAAAUGUGGAUGCAGCUCUUCUGCUUCUGCAGUGCCAGGAACUUGUGCUACUCGAGCUGAAGGAGACGCCGGUGGAAUGCAGCCACACCCGCAAUCUGGCAAACUCUCUUAUCCAAAUGCACUUUGACGGCUGCUGGUUGUCCGCCAAGGAGGAGCAGCUGGCCCUGCUGUUAGAGCACAGUAUGCAGCUGCUACAGAAGUUGGUGACGAGUCAACUGGACUACGCUGCUGAAAGGGUCCCAGAACUAAUGGGCUUGAUCCAGUGCUACCUGCAGUACGGAGCUGAAGGGGAAACUCUACUUAAGCCCCGAAAGUUUCCCCCCGCUCAGCAGUCGGCUGCCUAUGAGCAGGAAAAAGAAGUUGUGGAGCAGCCAGCCGCCCAGCAUUCGCGCACAUGCGGCCGCAAGAAUAAGGUGCGUAAAAUGCGGUCGAUUGCCAAGCAGCGAAGUCAGGCGAUUGGUGAACCCCUAGAGGCCAACCCACGGGACCGUCUGCUAUUGAUGGGUAACCAAGACUACGGCUGCUUGACUGGAGACUCGGGCGAGAACUGCCUGCCCUCCGAUACGGAACAGCAGGCAGAAACUAAGCACCUCCGGCAGCAGCAGGCCAAAGUGAGAAUCACCGCCCUCCACUUUUUAGGAUCCCUGACCAAACAACUUCCACGACGCUCACUGUACGGUUACUGGUACGUCCUGUUCCCCGACGGAGACUCGGGUGGUAAUCGGCAUCUGUUACUCGUUGGUCUUAAGGACACCAAUUCUCGUUGUCGUGCACUGGCACUGCAGUUGGGUGCCCAGCUGCUGUACGGAUCUAAAGGAUUUCUUAGCCAGGCCUGUUCCCGCGGACCCAGCAAUUUCACGCCCUUCGCCGUCAGCCUGGCUAGCUCUGUGCUCGUCGCUUAUCGAACCUUGAGCGCCGUUCUGGAGCGGGAGUAUACGCCGCCUGUGCUAACGCAGUGCUUAAAAUGCCUGGCCGUUUUGGUACAGGCCACUCCCUUUGAUCAGCUGGAAAUGGGGUUUGUCUACGAGUUUGUGGGUCAUGUCAAGAAACUGGCCAAAAGUGAAGACCCUACGAUCGCUGUGUCCGCUCUGCUGGUCAUGGAAAUGCUGGUGGGCACGGCCAAGCUUACGCCGGAGAUUGCUAGCUCUGUCGGACUAGCUCCCAGCCAAAGGAACCUUCAAUUGGAACCAGCAGGAGCAGUCGAUGACUUCCAGGAGCUAUGCGACUCGGAUGCGGAGGUAGAACUUGAAGAAGAGGAGGAACAGCCGACGCAAAAAAGUGAGGUCAAUCCCGCCAGCACAUUGUCGCCAUCCGUUCCUCGCAACUCCUGGUUACUAAGACAGAUCCUUCGAAACCUUGAGGCUCCCGGAACUCCGGUCGUCGUGCGUGUGGAGAGUUUCCAGGUGCUUCAAGCCAUGGCAACGCAUAUUGGGCUUCUGCGAGGACAUCAGGACCGUUUAGCUAAGGUGUUCUCUGCCGGUUUGAAAGAUCCCGCUUCUGAUGUAAAUCUAUAUGCCGCCCGUUGCCUGGACUCAGUGGGUUAUCAGUUGGGCAGGCUGCUGCCGGAGAUAUCAGAAAGGGAGCUGCAGAUAUCGUUUUGGCUCACCCUUCUGCCCGACAUCUACGAAGCCUAUAAUACCGCUGGGUUCUCCCUCAAGUGUGCCCUCUGUGACGCCUUGUCUAACAUGGGAGCAUUCAGCUUUGAGAGACUAUCGGAUGGCCAAAGGACCGCUUUGCUGGCUUUCGUAAGUGGCUGCGCCAGCGACGAUCACGAGGAGCCGUUGGUCAGAGGAGCAGCUCUUCGGGCUAUGGCCGUCUACGUUUUGCAUCCGUCGCUGAAGACAGAUUUGGGCUUUGUGGAGAAUGCAGCGGAGUUGACUUUACGCCUCAUAAGUGAUUCCCAGCUGAUCGUAAGGAUCAAGGCCGCCUGGGCCCUGGGUAACAUCAGUGACGCCCUGGUGGGCGGCAUUCCCAACCAAACCGAAAGGAUUUCUGCCGACCUCAUGGGACGCCUUAUUCAGGCGGCUUCUAAGAGCUGUACUGAUAACGAUAAGGUCAGGGCCAAUGCAGUUCGCUCCCUCGGGAAUCUCUUGCAGAUCCUGCAACUUCAUCCCUCGGAUAACGGUGAGCAGAUGCAGCUGGCAAUGGCCAAGUUGCUGGACUGUGUACGAUCCUCGGGCAACGCCAAAGUAAAAUGGAACGCCUGUCAUGCUAUCGGAAAUCUAGUAAAACAUAGGGCCUUUUUCGCUAGCAGCAACUUAUCUGGGAUCCUCUUCCCCGCUCUAAGUCAACUAAUGGUGCAGCAUGCUAACUUCAAAGUGCGCACCAAUGCCGCAGGAGUCUUGCUCCACGUGGAGCAGCGUCAGGAUCUGGGCACCCAUUUUUCGUUGGUGUGGCGUUCGCUUCUGGAUGCUCUUGAACGCUCAAAUGCGCUGGACAGCUUUGAGGAGUACAACCACCGCGAUACAUUGCAGCAGCAGCUCUGCCUCGCUAUUGCCCACCUACUGACGCUGGCCAAGAGCUCGGAUCUGCCGGCGAUGAGGGAGUUUCUCGAGGAAGACCGCCUGGAGGAGGUGCGGGCUACGUGGCGCCGCGUCGCAUUUCGCAUUGUUCCCGAGCAGUCUGCACCGCUCUUUACCUGCAGUACUUUAUUGGAUCAGCGCCUCCACCCGGAGGUCAACACUCAGCAGCGUUGCGCACUGGCCUUUAUAACGAGCACACUCCGGCUAGAUCCGUAAAAACACCCAAAUCCACCCAUAUUUCCCUAAUCCCUUAAAUAAAAUAAUUAUUUAAAAA